AAACGUAAUGCUCCGAAAAAAAACUAAAAUAAACGUGGACGUCAUAUAUUCAACGGAGGCUUAUUCUUAAUCCGACUGUGCUACAGGACACUACCCCAGUUUUUGAAGUAUUAUUGAAGUUUUUGGAAAUGUCCACUAGCUCAAAAAGAUUCAGGAAAUGGGUUGUGGCAAACGUGGAGGACUUGGAAGAUGAAUCCUGUGAGGUCCCUGCAAAGGAGCCAGAAGUCGAGCAGUUUAAUGGGAACAUUAUGGGGAAUGCCAAGGACCGGAUACGUCUGAAGAACCUCUGCGAACUCGAUCGAUGUCUAAGGCGGGAGGACCUGGAGCGCAAGUCUAACAUACGAUGCCAGCUGGCCCAGAAUCGAUUGACAUCUCAGCAGGAGGAGGACUCGGGAACGAAAGAGGAUUCGCAGAUCAGGCGGCAGAACUUGGAUCACCAGCGGUCUGGAAACCAGAGGGUCAAUGAUUUCGAGGACUGUGUGGGACAGAUGGAUAACGGAAUGAACUGCCCUGUACCGCAGCCAAAAGAAAAUAAGCUGAGAACCACGGACCAGUACUCCGAUGAUUCCGUGCCCAGCAGUGGCAGUGGCAGAGAGAUCAUACCCCGGGUAAACCCGCAGGCAGAACCUGAGGAACUGCCUCGGGUGACCACCAGGGAGCAGUUGAGCCAGGCGGUGCUGACCCGAAACCAACUGGAGACUUUUCUGGACAAACCCAAUUUCGAGCAGACUGUAGUGGGAUGCUUUGUGCGGGUAAAUAUUUGCCUGGGAUCGGUGAACUUUGUGUACCAGAUCGAGAGCCUGCAUCAGGGCAGAUACAGCUACCAACUAGGCAGCAAAAGGAGCAAUCUCAUCUUGGGCUAUAAAUAUGGGACCGAAAAACGCUAUUCCCGCAUGGACGUGGUGUCCAACCAUCCGGUUACCGACGAGGAGUUCUUUCGGUGGAGCACAGUGAUCCCGCAGGAGAAGCCAACCCUUCUGCAUAUCGCCAAGAAGCAGAUGGACAUCGAAAGGGCCGCCGAGUAUUCGUUCCCCGAGGCGGAUGUGGAAAGGCUGGUGCAAACUGAGAGGAUGGGUAGUCUGAGGCACCGCGUCCAAGUCCCCAGUUCACCUCGCGAUGCCCAUGUGCCCACCGUUCACCGAUUAGAUUUAAUGGCACCUUCCUGCUCCAAGCAAUCCCUGCCGGAACGGACCUCGAAAUCGGAGGAACUCGACCCAGAGCAGUGUAUGCGGCGCAAAUAUAAGAAAAGUGCGGUCGUAAGUCGCUGUCAAGUGGCAGGCGAAACUGCGGAUUUGCAGGAGCUUGCUCAGAAACCAGAGCCCCCAAAAUCACCCAACGAGAGAGCCGAGAUGCAAGAUGUUCCGGAAUUAGAUCUGUAUUCCCUGCACAACUUCAAAGUUGACAUAGAUAUCUCAGGACUACUUCCCUUCUCGUCAAUUUUCCCUAAUGUCAAGUUUAGCAGCCCUUGGAAAGGAUAAGGAAACGCAUCUCUAAAUCUUAAUCUCUCAAUUAGGCAUUUAAUUCUGAAUUAAUAAUA